AUGUCUUGCUGGAACGGAUUUACCAAGAAAGCCUUUCGUAACUGGGGCCCUAUGAUCAAAUUGGCCAUUCCGGGCUUGGUUAUGAUCGAGGCAGAGUGCUUAGCAUUCGAAAUACUGACGUUCGCUGCCAGCUACUUCGGCACAGAGAUCUUGGCGGCACAAUCGGUGCUGGCGACCGUCAGCUCUCUGACCUUCCAGAUUCCAUUCCCUCUUUCAAUUGCCGGUUCUACACGAGUCGCCAACCUUAUUGGUGCCACUUUGGCAGACGCUGCGAAGGUGAGCAUGAGAGUUACCGUAUUCGCAGCAACAUUGGUAGGCGUUUUCAAUGUCACUCUGCUCUCUGCGCUCAAAGACUACAUUCCACGACUGUUCACAAGCGACCCAGAAGUCAUCAGAAUCGUUGCGGAGAUUCUGCCUCUUUGCGCUGCCUUCCAGCUAUUCGAUGCUUUGGCCGCUUGCUGCAAUGGCAUGCUUCGAGGACUUGGCAGACAAGAAUUCGGGGGAUAUGUACAACUUGGCUGCUACUACGUCUUUGCCUUACCGAUCUCUUUUGGCACAGCGUUUGGAGCUGGUUGGGGCUUGUGGGGUCUGUGGACCGGCGUUGCCAUGGCUCUUGGACUGGUUGCAGCCAUUGAGUUUGUGUAUCUCGGUAGGAUAGACUGGGAGAAGAGUGUGGAAGAAGCUAGAGACCGCAAUAUGGCUGAGUGA